CGCAGAAGCCUGCCUGCCUGCCUGCCUCUCUCCUUCCAUGACGAAGCUGCUGAAACUGACGCGAUUAAGCAUUCCAAUUCUUCAAACCAUUUCCCCAGUCUCUUUCGGAAUUUCAAAACACCGAAACGAAGAAAGAAAGCAGCAAAGUCUCUCCUCUCUCCUUUUCCUCUCCUUCACUUUUAUUCAAAAGCCUUUUAAACCCUUCUCUUCUUCUCUUCUGAAAGAGGAGACCAGUCGCACCACCACCUUCAACUCCCUCUCUCUCUCUCUCUCUCUCUCUUCUUUCUCUCUCUAGAAGCUCCUCGUCUGGCCGAUCACGCGGCUGCCGUGUGAGCUGCCCUGCCCUGCCCUCCCCUCUGAGUCUGUCUACCAUCAGGAGUACACAGAGCUCUGCGUCUGUCUCCUCUGAGUCUGCUCUUCCGAUUCCCGAGAUGUCGACCAUGGAGAGCCUGAUCGGCCUGGUCAACCGCAUCCAGAGAGCCUGCACGAUGCUCGGUGACUACGGCGGCGGUGACAACGCUUUCUCCUCCCUCUGGGAGGCUCUCCCUACUGUUGCUGUCGUCGGUGGACAGAGUUCAGGGAAAUCUUCGGUGUUGGAGAGCAUUGUAGGAAGAGACUUUCUUCCCAGAGGAUCCGGUAUUGUUACGAGGAGGCCGUUGGUUCUACAGCUUCACAAGACCGGUGAUGGAUCCAAGGAAUAUGCCGAGUUUCUGCACCUGCCCAGAAGAAAAUUCACUGAUUUUUCUCUUGUUCGUCAGGAAAUUCAGGAUGAAACUGAUAGGAUGACUGGGAAAACAAAGCAGAUAUCUCCUGUUCCUAUUCAUUUGAGCAUCUACUCUCCCAACGUUGUCAACUUAACCCUGAUUGAUUUGCCUGGUUUGACAAAAGUUGCUAUCGAUGGACAACCUGAAAGCAUUGUUCAGGACAUUGAAAUGAUGGUCAGAUCUUAUGUUGAGAAGCCCAACUCAAUCAUCUUGGCUAUUUCUCCUGCAAAUCAAGAUAUUGCCACUUCGGAUGCUAUUAAGCUGGCAAGGGAGGUUGACCCAACUGGUGAAAGGACAUUCGGGGUGUUGACGAAGCUAGAUUUGAUGGACAAAGGAACUGAUGCACUAGAUGUUCUUGAAGGUAGAUCUUAUCGUCUGCAACAACCGUGGGUGGGGAUUGUGAAUCGGUCACAGGCUGAUAUAAAUAAGAACAUUGACAUGAUCGUUGCACGGCGCAAAGAGCGGGAGUAUUUUGCAACCAGCCCUGAUUAUGCACAUUUGGCAAGUAAAAUGGGCUCCGAGUAUCUUGCGAAACUUCUAUCGAAGCAUUUAGAGUCCGUUAUCAGGGCUCAGAUACCAAGUAUUACUUCCAUGAUCAAUAAAAGCAUUGAUGAACUUGAAUCAGAGAUGGAUCAUCUUGGCAGGCCUAUUGGUGUUGAUGCAGGGGCUCAACUGUACACUAUCUUGGAACUCUGCCGUGCAUUUGACAAGAUUUUUAAGGAACACUUGGAUGGAGGGAGACCAGGAGGUGAUCGAGUUUAUGGAGUCUUUGACAAUCAGCUGCCUGCUGCUUUCCGGAAGCUUCCUUUGGAUCGUCACCUCUCUCUACACAAUGUAAGGAAGAUAGUAUCAGAGGCUGAUGGCUAUCAGCCCCAUCUUAUUGCCCCCGAGCAAGGUUAUAGACGAUUGAUUGAGGGAUCACUGAAGUAUUUUAAGGGCCCAGCGGAAGCUACUGUUGAUGCGGUGCACUUUGUCUUGAAAGAACUGGUGCGGAAGUCAAUCAGCGAGACGCAGACUCGUGCAAGUAUUUUUAUACAGGAACUGAGGCGGUUCCCUACUCUGCAAGCUGAGAUUGCUGCUGCUUCCAAUGAAGCCUUGGAGAGGUUCCGAGAGGAAAGUAGGAAGACAGUGCUUCGGUUGGUGGACAUGGAAUCCUCCUAUUUGACAGUGGAAUUCUUUAGGAAGCUUCCACAGGAAGUAGAAAGAUUGGGGAACCCUGGAGAAAGAAGUGGAACCCCGGGAGAAAGGGGUGGAAAUCCGGGAGAAAGGGGUGGAAACCCAGGAGAAAGGGGAAGGGGAGGAAACCUGGCGGAAAGAAGUGUGAGCACUGCUGCCCCAAAUGUGGAUCGCUACUCAGAGGGACAUUUUAGAAGGAUAGGAUCAAAUGUGUCUUCUUAUGUGGGGAUGGUGUCUGAUACGCUCAAGAACACGAUUCCGAAGGCCGUGGUUUACUGCCAAGUUAGAGAGGCUAAGAUGUCGCUGCUUAACUUCUUCUAUGCACAGCUCGGGAAGAAAGAGGGUAAGCAGUUAGGGCUAAUGUUGGACGAGGACCCAGCACUCAUGGAGAGGAGGCAACAGUGUGCGAAGAGGCUGGAAUUGUACAAGGCUGCAAGGGAUGAGAUCGAUUCAGUUUCAUGGGCUCGAUAAAGUUUCAGUUUGCACUGAUCAUUAGUCUCCACCACUCGGUUCGUAUAGAUAUUGGAGGAUGUAAUAUUGUUUGUAGCCCUGCAGUAGAUAUUUUCAUUUUUUUUUUCUCCUCAGGGAUCCGAUUCUUAUGAAUUCUUUUACAGUGGCGUUUGGUGCAUUGCCAAAUAACAUUGCUAGCAAUCUUGAUUACCACCAACAUAUAGAUUGCUCUCAAUUAAAUUACCGGUAUUGUGAAAUGACAAUGUUUGGCAUAUAA